AGAGGUGAUACUUUGUAUGUAAACCCACAACCUUUAAGAUUUAUGGCUGAACAAUACAAUACCCACUGGGCAAGAACUGGUUGAAUCAACAUCGUUUCCAGGUCAUUUUAACAAAAAACAUAUAUGUGACGACAUUGAAUCAAUGUGGAAAGCUGAUUGGAUUUGAAAAAAGUCAUCAAGGUAAGGGAUUAGUAUUUUUUUCACCCAACUAUUAACCUAAAUCCAAUUACAUGGUGAAAUGUUUUGUUGAUUUCACGUUGAAUUCGGGUUGGCAAAUGGAAAUCAAAACUAGAAGUUGAACUGACUGUGGGUAUUUAUUUUCUACUUGGAUUCAUUUGGUAAUAUGUUAAGUCUGGCAUGCUUUCCCAACCCCUUUCAUUCCUGUAUGUUGGCUGGCAAGAAACGAUACACCCCAAUCAAAGUUCAUUCUCCUGAAACGUAAACGUGUGCUGAAUCAAAUAAAAUCUAUGGGCAAGUAAUUCCACUGAGAGUUAUAGGAGCCGACUGUGGGUCAUUGGGCUCCCCUUGAUAAGGAAGGUUGCUCAAUAAAUACAGUAGGUCUAAGAUUUGAAUGAAAUACAGUUAUCUGUCAUUCUCUAUGCGAAGGUGGUCUCAUUGACUAGUAGGAAAAUCGUCAGUAUUCAAUGAGCAAACAAUUUACUCAUCAUCAGUCAGAAGUUAAUUGCGGGGGAAAGUUCAAUAUCUAUUGCUGUCUGCUUCCUCGCACCUCAUAUAACUGCAGUCAGUGGGCAAGAGAUACAUCACUGGUAGUUAAUUUUCUGCAUAUUUUCACAACCUGGCUGCGAGUCCUUACAUUACCGAUUUCAACUGACUAUGGACAUGGAAGAAGCUCUCAACAGCACCAUCCAUCCGACCUGUUUAGAAGAACCUCCGUUGGCUAUCGAUGUCAUAAAGCAGCUGGAUGUCUUUGGUGUGGCUCUGUACUCCAUGCUGACCCUCAUGUCUACGCUGUCCCUGCUGCUAUACCUGGAGGAGUGUGUGUUUAUCUAUAGAAAAGUCCCGUCUCCUAAGAAGACAACUAUUAUGUGGGUCAAUGGUGCUGCACCGGUCAUUGCCACCAUGGCUUGUUUUGGGAUGUGGAUACCAAGGGCUACCAUGUUUACAGAUAUGACCUCUAAUUCGUACUUUGCAGUGGUGGUGUAUAAGAUCUUGGUUCUGAUGAUAGAGGAGAGUGGGGGUAGUGAGGCCUUUUUGAAGAGCAAUGCCCAGAAAACCUUCAAUAUCAGUGUAGGACCCUGCUGCUGCUGCUGUCCCUGCUUGCCACGCGUUCCGGUCACACGGUGCAUGCUAUUCUUGCUGAAGCUGGGGGCUCUUCAGUAUGCUAUCUUAAAGACAGUCCUCUCAAUUGUGUCCAUAAUAUUGUGGAGCAACGGCAACUUUGAUCUUUCUGAUCUGGAGAUCACAGGCACGGCUAUUUGGAUCAACCCAUUUAUAGGUGUUCUCACCAUCAUCUCCCUCUGGCCUGUCGCCAUCAUGUUCAUGAACAUAUGCAACACACUGCGCAGCAUCAAGAUCAUACCUAAAUAUGCCAUGUACCAGUUGGUGCUGGUGCUCAGUCAGCUGCAGACGGCCAUCAUUAACAUCUUGGCCUUGGAUGGAACCAUCGCCUGCUCCCCGCCAUUCUCCUCUAGUGCCCGUGGCACCAUGUUGAGUCAGCAGCUAAUGAUCUUGGAGAUGUUCAUCGUUACCCUGGUGACCCGGGCGUUGUACCGCCGCACCUAUGACUCUCUUCCCACCGACCCCCACGACAACGACAACGACCAGAACAGCAAGAUCAGCCUGCAGGCCCCACAGGGGGAGCACACUGUCUGAGAGAUUGGGGUGGAGUGAGAGGGAGAGUGGUGUGUGUGUUUGCAUGAGUGUGCGUUAGAGGGAGAGAGAGAGAGGGACUCUACCAAACAUUUACACUAUUGUUUUACUUGUAUAUUCAUUUUGUUUUGAUGGUGUGAUACUGUAUAUUCUGCUGUUCUAGUUGUUGGUUAGUCUUGUAUGAGAUGAAACUUACUGUAUAUUAAAAGUUUACCUGCAUUAUGCUGAAUAUAAUAUUAGAACAUAUACCUCAAACAACAUGUCUGUCCCAUACAUAUUUCCUCAAGUUGCCUCAGCUCUCAACACGGCUAUGUGGAGUUUGGUGUGUGAGGGUGUUGGAAAGAGAUGGAGUUUAUAAACAAAAGCGGGUUAAUGGGGGUAUGAAAUAUGUAUUUUGUAUUCAUAUCAAUAAAUAUAGUGAAUUACAA